CGUAUUUUCUUUGUCUAGGUGUCAAUGCUCAACUAUUUUAGCAAGACAGUUCAACAAAUAACCGAGCGUGGAAUAAAACUAUGUCGACUUCAUCUUUAGAUUAUAACGUGACGUCAACGUCUGAAGAACGACUCGUCAAGACUAGAUUGCAGAAUGGAUACGAUAUUCCGUUAUAUGGCAUCGGAAAUGGAUCGUUUUACUAUAUUCAUAUUCCAGCCAUUUUAUGUAUUUGCACAAGUUUCGUUUGCGCAGUGAUUUCUAUUAUUCUGUCUUUUAAACGGAAGAGUUAUCACACGUUUUUCACCAACACCUGGUCAAGGAGUGAGCGAUUUAUCGUGUAUUUGGCAAUAUGUGACGGCCUCUUUAACGUGUCACAUUUCACAGACCACAUGCAUAUUGUGAUUGUCCGUGAUCACGUGUAUCCAAAGGAACUUUGUGAAUACUACGGUUUCAACUUGGCUGUUUUUGUAACUUCACAAAAUUUGAUGGUGAAUGUAGUUGCCAUCAACGCAUUUAUGCUGAUGUAUUUUAAUAGACAUUUAAACUUUGGGAGGCGUGAUUGGAAACUUCUUCUUUGGACGUUUGGCACCCCUUUUAUAGGAGCCACCAUAGCCGGGAUAACUGGACAACUGGGAACCAACGGCUCGUUUUGUUACUUUGACGGCGUUAAGGGGAAGGUGGCUAACAUCUGUUUUACAACAAUUCCACUUUUGUUGAUUGUGAUAGUCAACACAAUUCUUUAUAUCCUGACCUGGAAACGCAUUCGCGACGAGACAGAAACAUUCGAAAAGUCUGUACAUGAUAUGUCAGCAUCCAUGCGAGCCUCACAUCGUGCAGCACGUGCCAUGUCGCUGUUCGUGGCCGCGUUCUUCAUACAGUGGUGGGCCAUGGCCUUGUAUGGCGUUUGGGGGCUAGUUGAUGAAAACGUCCCGCAGCCAAUUUUCCAUUUCGUUACAACAUUUUCAAAUAUCGGCGGCUGCUUGAAUCUUGGCGUGUACUUGCUGAUACACCGGCAACAGCUGGGCAAAGGAGAAAACAUCUCUACAGAGAAACACACGUUGGAAAGUGAUGGGCACAAAAUCUCCCAUGCCGUGUCAAAAUCUGCAAAUGUGUCUUCAUGUGACGUGUCCGUGUCAGAAAAUCAUGUAACGGGUAAAUACCAUGCAGAGAGAAUAACUGAUGUGUAACAUAACAUACAAUUAAUUCUUUUGUGUUAUGAAUUUAUUAUUUAAAAAAAGCUGGUAUUGUAUGCCUUUGCAUUGACAACUUCUGGAGACUAUAUGUCGGUCAAAAUAACUUUAACAAAAACAGGAAAUUUCUGGACCGUUUAUUUUUAUUUUUUGAUAUGUAAAUAGGUUUGUCUUGUUUUGUUUUAUCUAUAUGUUUUACAUUCAUGUUUUUGUGAAUGUAAAGAGGUACUUUUGCUUGUGUUGAAUUUGUAACCGUAUUCUGUAAAGCAUUUUUAAACGUGUACAUGUGCAUGAAAGAAUAUUAUAUAAAUGUGUUACAAUAAUAAUAAUAAUAAUAGUAAUAAUAAUAUAUGUUCAUAUCAUUUAGAAAUGUGGCAUUUUAAACGUGUAAGCCCACUGAUGAAAACUUUUAUAUUCACAGAACGAAAUGGGUAUUCUAACACCAAUCGCAAGGAAACAUUGGCAGAUGUAUUUACUUCUAAACACGCUAACGUUUACAAUGUAUGUUCAUACAUGAGUGUUAGAAAUAAGUACGCCUGCAUCUAGAGACAUUAUAAUCAAUUCAGCCAUUAUCAUAUUUCAAGGUGGACGGAUAGCUCAGUGGUUUGCACACUGGCCUUCCGAUCCUGAGGUCGGUGGUUCGAUCCCCGGCAGCUACUCGGGAAUUUUCAGAAACGCUUUUCAGUGUUUCCCAUCCAACUAGAGGUGUACUGGUCAGGAACCCAGGCAAUCCUUGCGUGUAUCAGUGCUAUACACUGGGCACGUUAAAGAACCAGGCUGUCUCUUCGCAACGAGCUAGGCUAAGUUAGCCGGACAAGCCUGUAUCUGAUUUCUGAUCUCUCUGUCGUGGGGGUUUUGUCUCACUCUGUCCCUUUGGUCAGAUCGCUCUGUGUCUGUACUAGUAGAGGAUGAAUUUAUGCGCCGUGUGGCAGCAUUUUAAUAAUAAUAAUAAUAAUAAUAAAGUCUCUUCCACUGUGACAAGUUAUCUUUGUCAUGUCAAUGGUGUCAUUCAUAUUUCCGCUUAACACCUCCUACUUUACAUUGUUAUAAUAAGGUCAAGUGUUGGUUAUAUUGUUGAUGAGUUUUGAUUGUGAUUUCUUGAAUUUUGCACCCUUGUAUCAAGGCCAAAUUAGUGGAAAAUCCAUUCUAGGAAUUACAAUAACAAUCUGAGAAAUGAUUGCAGAUGAAUGCAGAUGAAUAUUAUUAUGUAAACUAUAUUUAACAUUAUAGGUUAAGUACAGGAAAGUACAAAGUGCACACUCUAGAUGGUUUUACUUUCUGGCAUUAGAUACAAUGCUUGAUAGUAUCUAUGUGCUUUAUACAUUUGUACAAAUAUGUUUCUGGUCUAAGAGCAGACAAAAAGAAAAACAUGUACAGAUCAUACGCCUAAAAGUAUAUGUAGUUUUCACAAAUGUCCCUCUGCAGGACGGUUUAUCUAUAAUUGUAUAUGGUAUUAUGUUUGAUAAAUAUACCAGGACCUGA